AUGUGUCAAAUUUCCAAUGGCGAAACCGGGCGACACGUAUCUUUUUUACUGUUUACCUGGACCACUAUAUUAGCAAAGGUGGAUUGGUACGCAGGAUAUGAGCAGUUUGUCAAGCGCAAUCUGACUCUGCUCCCCAAUCAACAUUUAAUACAUCAGCAUCACCACCACCACCACCAGCCGCAUCACCAGCAGCCAGGACCUCAACAGCAGCAGCAGCAACAGCAACAAGCAGGGCAGCCGCCUCCACCUCCUCCACUACCACCACCACCACCACCACCACCUGCUCCUUCGGCUCCAACAUCUCAGCAGCAACAACAACAACAGCAGCAGCAGCAACAACAACAACAACAACAGCAACAGCAACAUCACCAACAAUCUCACCACCACCAACAGCAAUCUGGCGGGCCAACGUCGUCACGUCGUCACGUUAUGACAUCAAUGUUUGACCCCCAAGUUAAAAGUGAACCAAUGGGAUUUUACUCAGUGGCGUCAAGUAGAUCAGAGGGUUCUAAUUCUAUGGUAAAUUUGUCAGAAGAUCGGGAAGAUUUGUCACAAGAAGAGCGAAUUCAAGCACAAAAUAUGCAUCAGCAACAGCAGCAACAGCAGCAGCAGCAAAAUCAAGGGAAUCAAAACACACCGGAUGGACCGAUGCGUCAGUCCAGUAGUCAGCAGACAACUAAAGAAGGUAGCAGAGCAAAACCACAACCGUGUAAAGUAUGUGGUAAAGUAUUGUCAUCGGCCUCGUCAUACUACGUACACAUGAAGUUACAUUCUGGUAAUAAGCCUUAUCAUUGUACUAUUUGUGAGGCUAGUUUCUGCAGA